AUGUCGCUUCAGGCUCUUCCGCCAGAAACUUUUGAGCUGAUCACAGAGUACCUGGCUUAUGAGGAUCCUCCAUCGCUUCUGAGCCUUGCAUGCGUCAACAAGUCCUCCUACAAGUGGUGUCGCUCGGCUAUCAAUUUGGUCUUCUUUCAUGACAUCAAGAUAUCCAUCGAUUCCGAAAAAGACAUUUCCCAAGUCGUCGGCACUCUUCGGAAGAAGCUUGAGGAGGCAGAUAGUUUUCGACAGGUUCGGCGACUUAUCAUAGCCACAAAGCAAGACGGAGUCAUUUCUAGUGACGAUUGGGAGCCACCAAAGUUCUCUGAACUUCGGAGUGAUGAGUCCGCCCAUACAUACACGACUCAGUAUUCCGAUAUGUUAGACAGGCGCCUCUAUGGGAUUCACAUAUCUUCCGUGGAUACUGUUUCUGACCAGGGGUGGAAUCCGGUAGCCGAUUUGAUUCAAGACCUGCCUGCUUUGUCAGAUUUGAUAUACCGGCUUUCAGAUGUUUUCCCACUCGAUCUACUAGAGGUACUCCGACCGGGAUGGGUCUCGGGUAUGCUUCCUCAGUAUUCUGCUUUGAUGAGAUCGCCAAAUCUCUACCGUAUCAUGAUACAUUACGACAUUGAGGAUGACCAUGACGCAGGCAUCGCCCGGCUGCAAGCAGGGGGUCUGUUUGGGGUUUUGGGACUCGCCUCAAAUCUGAAAACAAAUCGAGAGGUCAAGUCCUCGCCAUGGAAAGCCUUUGGCCCCGUUUGA